AUAUUGCUAUUAUCCCCUGGCUGGGCUAGGUAGCUGCCGUUGUACGCAGCACAGGCGCACUAGCCAUCUCUCUCUCCCUCUCUGAGCGGCAAACGGCAACGGCAAUCGACAAGGCACGCUUCCUCUUCCUCUUGCUCCUCUCUGUCCAUCACCAUCUCCAUGUCCAUCUAUAUAAGCCGCGCGCGCGGCAGCCGGCAGAGUUGCUUCCGCCACCACUACUCCUGCCUGUCCCUGUCCCCGACUCUCUCUCUCUCCCUCUCUCCUGCUAGCUACACCCGCUGCUGUGCUGACCUCCUCCGAUCCUCUGCCCGGCAACAGGAAUACAGCAGGGGAGGAGAGGGGGGGCAACCGGCGGCGGUCGGUCGCGGAGGAUGGUGAAGUUCUCGCGGGAGUACGAGGCCAGCAUCAUCCCCGAGUGGAAGGCCGCCUUCGUCGACUACAGGUGCCUCAAGAAGCUCGUCAAGAGGAUCAAGAUCGCCCGCCGCGACGCCACCAGGGAAGCUGGGGGAGGUAGCAGCAGCGACGCCACCAGCAGCUACGGCUUCUCCGUCCUCGACCCCGUCCGCGCCCUCGCCGCCCACUUCGCCUCCGCAACGCCGCCGGCGGUCUCACCAGCGAACGGCGACGAGGAGGAGGAGGACGACGACGCGGAGAGCUUGGAACCGGAUUCAGGGGAGCUCGUGGUGGUGGCCACGGCCAAGCAUGAGCGAGAGUUUUUGGAGAAGGCGGGCGAGGAGCUGGAGAAGGUGAACAAGUUCUACGCGGCGCAGGAGGCGGACAUGCUGGCGCGCGGCGCCGCGCUCGUCGAGCAGCUCCGCAUCCUGGCCGACGUCAAGCGCAUCCUCGCCAACCACGCGGUGGCGUCCCGGCGCAGCCGGCCCGCCGGAGACUCGCCGCCGCCCCCGCCGUCCGCGGACGGGCGGUCCAACAGCGGCCGCCACCUCCUCUCCUCCUCCUCCCCAUUCCUGCAGGCCUCGCCGCAGUCCAUGUUAGAUGGGAGCGCGGAGCUGCCGCAGGCGCGCGUGGCGGAGGAGGUGAUGGCGGCGCUGGAGCGCAACGGCGUGAGCUUCGUGGGCAGCGGGCUGGGCAGCAAGGCCAAGAAGGACGGCGGCGGGAAGCAGCUCACGGGGCGCGCGGCCGCGCUGCCGGCCACGGUGCGCAUCGACGUCCCGCCCACCAGCCCCGGCCGGGCGGCGCUCAAGGUGUGGGAGGAGCUCGUCAACGUGCUCCGCAAGGACGGCGCCGACCCCGCCGCCGCCUUCGUCCACCGCAAGAAGGUCCAGCACGCCGAGAAGAGCAUCCGCGACGCCUUCCUCGCCCUCUACCGCGGCCUCGACCUCCUCAACAAGUUCAGCUCCCUCAAUGUGAAGGCUUUCACCAAAAUAUUGAAGAAAUUCGUCAAGGUGUCGGAGCAGCAGCGGAAGACUGACCUGUUCUCGGAGAAGGUGAAGAGGUCGCCGUUCAGCAGCUCUGACAAGGUGCUUCAGCUGGCAGACGAGGUGGAGUGCAUCUUCUCGAGGCACUUCGCGGGCAACGACAGGAAGGUGGCCAUGAAGUACCUGAAGCCGCAGCAGCCCAGGAACACCCACAUGAUCACCUUCCUCGUAGGCCUCUUCACAGGCACAUUCGUGUCCCUGUUCAUCAUAUACUCGGUCCUAGCCCAUGUCGCCGGCAUCUUCUCUUCGACAGGAAACACAGCCUACAUGGAGAUCGUCUACCACGUCUUCAGCAUGUUUGCACUCAUCAGCCUGCACGUCUUCCUGUACGGGUGCAACCUCCUGGCGUGGAAGAGCAGCAGGAUUAGCCACAACUUCAUAUUCGACUUCUCCCCCAGCACCGCCCUGACGCACCGCGACGCCUUCCUCUUGUCGGCGUCCAUCAUGUGCACCGUCGUCGCGGCGCUGGUCGUCAACCUCUUCCUCAGCAACGCCGGGGCGACCUACGCCAACGCGUUGCCCGGCGCACUUCUGCUUCUGUCAGCAGCGGCUCUCUUCUGCCCAUUCAACGUCUUCUACCGCUCCACGCGCUACUGCUUCAUGCGCGUCAUGCGCAACAUCAUGCUGUCGCCGUUCUACAAGGUUCUGAUGGCGGAUUUCUUCAUGGCUGACCAGCUAACAAGCCAGAUCGCACUGCUAAGACACCUCGAGUUCACGGGGUGCUACUUCAUGGCUGGAACCUUCACGACUCACGCGUAUGGGAGCUGCACCAGCAGCUCCCAGUACAAGAACCUGGCGUACGUGCUUUCCUUCCUGCCUUACUACUGGAGAGCAAUGCAGUGUCUGAGAAGGUACCUGGAAGAAGGCCAUGACAUCGACCAGCUCGCCAACGCGGGCAAGUACAUAUCGGCGAUGGUAGCAGCUGCUGUCAGGUUCAAGUACGCCGCGGCACCGACGCCGUUCUGGAUGUGGAUGGUCAUAGUGUCGUCCACAGGCGCCACCAUCUACCAGCUCUACUGGGAUUUCGUCAUGGACUGGGGCUUCUUAGACCUCAGAUCUAAGAACCGUUGGCUCCGAGACCAGCUCAUCCUCAAGAACAAGCCGAUCUACUAUGCUUCCAUGAUGCUCAACCUUGUGCUGCGCCUGGCCUGGGCCGAGAGCGUGAUGAAGCUCCGUCUCGGUAUGGUGGAGUCUCGCCUGCUGGAUUUCUCACUCGCUUCACUGGAAAUCAUCCGGCGAGGGCACUGGAACUUCUACAGGCUGGAGAAUGAACACUUGAACAACGCUGGAAAGUUCAGGGCAGUGAAGACCGUCCCGUUACCAUUCCGUGAACUUGAAACUGAUUGAUCAAGUCAAAGAUAAGAACUUGCCAGCAUGUUCCCAGGAAUUUAAGGAGGGGGGCAAGAGUUCCAGGAAUGGACACACUGCCCCUGCUAGUGCUUGCGCAAGGAUUGGUGUUCAAGUGGGUAAUAAAACAAAUCAGAGAGCAUAACUGCACAAGAGCAAGACGCUGCAGAUUUUUAAAGAUGGAAUUAGCUCAGACGGUGCCGUGUAGUUGAGGCGCCAGGGUCAGGAAAGAUGAUGUGCGUUUACUCUUUAUUGGUUGAUUGAGGAUUGUUGCAUGCUAAUCGACUAACAAAUCCUUGACUUCGUCGAUUCAUUAACCUAUGAAUGUAUCUGGGAACUGAUGACUGAAAAAUAUUGCAUGAAAAUACAUGGUGGUCAAACAGAA